AUGCAGUCUGGUGAUGCGGUUGAGGAGGAAAUCCCGACUGACGUUUCUUAUGACGAGGAGGAUGAUCCGCUGUGCCCUACGAUACGCUUGUCCAAAGAGGAGGUGGAGAUGAUCCGGGCACCGUGGCAGAAGACACUGAUUAUUAAAGUGAUGGGAAGGAAGGUUGGGUAUGCCUAUUUGCGGCGUCGUCUAGCCUUGAUGUGGAAGCCUAAAGGUAGCCUUGAUCUAAUUGCCAUUGACAACGACUACUUCCUGGUGCGGUUUGGGGCAGUGGAGGACCUGGAAUUCGCCAUGUUCGAAGGACCGUGGAUGGUCAUGGAUCACUACCUGAUCGUGAAACCGUGGGUUCCAAACUUUGAUCCGUUCGCGGACUCAACGGAGAAGGUGCUGGUUUGGGUGAGGAUCCCGUGCAUACCAGCGGAGUACUACAGCAUCAUCUUCCUAAGAAAGUUGGGUAACAAACUUGGCAGAACAAUACGGGUGGAUCAGGCCACCAGUUUGAUUUCACGGGGGAUGUUUGCUAGAAUUUGUGUCGAAGUGGAUAUCACAAAGCCGUUGAUCUCUAAGUUUAAUUACAAAGGCAAGGUGCGUUCAGUGGCUUAUGAGGGUAUUCACAUGGUUUGCUUCACCUGUGGCAUUUAUGGUCACUCUCCCGACAACUGUCCAAAGACAAGUAAACCGGCGCCUGGUCCUAAAGCUUACGACAAGGAGAAGGAAAUGGUGGCAAGCAAGACCACAGUUGGUGAGGCACCUUUUGGAAGGUGGAUGAUUGCGCCGGGUAGAAAACCGAGAAACGGACCAAGGGCGGUGGCCAGACCCCAGAGAUCGACGGAGGACCGCCAGCGAGUGAAUACCCAUGAAGGAAAUGUUCAGGCUACUAGAUUUGCACCACUGAUGGCACAUGACGAAGAGGGGGAGUUAGACGGCGACAAGGAGGCGUUGGACGAGGCACAUAACGAGGCUGGCAAUGACGAAGUCAGACUGGAACAGUAG